AUGUCUCCGGAAAAUGUUCCUACUCCUCUGGAACAUAUUACAACAAUGGUGUUGUCUCCUCAACAGGCUGCACCGUCUCCGUUACCCCAGGCGGUACCGCUACAUACGUCUUCUCAUAGACGCUUGAGGUCCUCGAUUUCCUUUCCAAAAUUUCUGGUGCACAUACUCUUUUCUUUUCGCGCGCAUACCAUUACUGCAACUUAUGGUCGUUGUAGUCAAUUUUUCUUUUACACGCCCUCAAGUUAUUCUAAGCCUCGGAUCUUCGAACCUACGCUCCACGUGCAACUUUCGAACAAACUUUGUCAAUAA